GUUCUCACCACCACGACCACCGCCGUGCCCGGCGCCUUCUUCACCCAGGGAGUAAGGGGAGGAGGGCAAUAUGAUGUAAAACUCAACCUUCCUCUUUUUUUUUUUUUUGUGGCAGGGAAGCGGCAUCUGCUAACAGAAGAUCAUCUAAAGUUACAAGAAUUUCAGCAGAUGCAAAUGGCAGUUAGAAAUAAAAUUCAUGGCAAUAAAGAUCUGUAUUUUAAAAGUAUUAAAGAAAAAUUAAAGAAAAAUGAAGUUAUUCUCAAAAGUGAAUUAAAAAACUUGCUGCAUUUAUGUCAGACUUCAUCUGAUGUGGAGCUAGCCAGAAGAGUUAUUUACAGGUACCAUGAACAGAAUGGAAUCACAGCCUUCUGUAAUUAUAAAUUUGGGCCCCUCUUUAUGAGGCUAUGUUAUGAGCUGGACCUUGAAAGACCUGCAGUAGAACUUAUCAAAGAUCAGAAUUUGCGUGGAUUUUUCUCAGAGAGUACAUCAUUCCAUAUUUUGAUGACCAUGUUGUUUAAAAAGGGACAUUUUGAAAGUGCUUUCGAUGUUCUGGUAGAAAUGAAAGAACAAGGUAUAGCUUUCAACAAAGAAACCUAUCUACUUGCAUUUGCAAUAUGCUACAAACUGGACAAUUUGGAGUCUUGCAAAACCUCUGCGAAGCUGCUUGAAGAAGCACAGCUGAAAGGUGACACGUUACCACUGCGAGCAUUCUGCUUUGCUGUUGUAACUGCUCUGAAGCAGAAUGAUGUAGCACAAGCCAGAUAUUAUUGUUCCCAGAUAAUGAAAACAGAGAACAAACUAUACAAUAAUCUUAAAGUUCUUGUCGAGCUCAGAUCUGGUUCUCUGGAAGAAGUAUUAAAGACAUUAGAGGCAGCAGUGGAAUUAGAUACUCCUCCCUUUGUGAAAAAAAUAGCGUUUUCUGAGCAGGUGCUGGCCACAGUCAAGGAGAAGAUGGAAGAAGACCCCAGCCUUUCUGCCAGGCUUGGAGGUGUUCAUAUGAAACUACGAGCUGCGGGACAGAUAACCACGUGCACACUGGAAGACAUGCUUUUCCAGAUUCCUAGUUCAAAGAAAACCCUUCUGAAGCUUUUAAAUCGGCAGCAGUUGGGUUACCAGGCUGCUAAACCACUUCAGUCAAAUCUGCUGUUGGAAUAG